AUGGCAAAGCCUCGGCUCAUCAUCUUGGUCAGACAUGCCCAGUCUGAAGGCAAUAAAAACCGCGACAUCCACCAAACCAUUCCCGACCACCGGGUCAAGCUGACCCAGGAUGGCUGGCAGCAAGCCUUCGACGCCGGCCGCCGGCUGCGCAAGCUGCUCCGCGCAGACGACACCGUGCAGUUCUUCACGUCGCCCUACCGGCGGACGCGCGAGACCACCGAGGGCAUCCUCGCCACCCUGACCUCUGACGAGGACGAGCCCUCCCCCUUCAAGCGCAACAACAUCAAGGUCUACGAGGAGCCGCGCCUGCGCGAGCAGGACUUUGGCAACUUCCAGCCGUGCUCCGCUGAGAUGGAGCGCAUGUGGCAGGAGCGCGCCGACUAUGGCCACUUCUUCUACCGCAUUCCCAACGGCGAGAGCGCCGCCGAUGCCUACGACCGUGUUAGUGGCUUCAACGAGUCGUUGUGGAGGCAAUUCGGCGAUGACGACUUCGCCAGUGUUUGCGUGCUUGUGACUCACGGCCUCAUGUCCCGAGUCUUUCUCAUGAAAUGGUAUCACUUCAGCGUCGAGUAUUUCGAGGAUCUGCGGAAUGUCAACCACUGCGAGUUCCUUAUUAUGCGCAAGCAGGAGAGCGGCAAGUACAUACUAGAGAAUAAGCUUCGAACGUGGUCUGAACUGCGAAGGGAGCGUGCCCUCAAGGAAAAGGAGAAAGAAAAGGAGGAGAUUAACGGGACCGCGAGUUCAAAGGAGAAGUCCAAGGCCGACAAGCUGCUCUCCGCUGCCUCUCCUGUCCAGCCUCGUAGAUGGGGUGGCUGCCCUAACGGGUGCAACCACGACAAGACUUUCAAGAUCCGCUCUGCUCUCGCUGACCUGGUCAAGAGAGAUGGCACAUCCAACCAUCAUAAUGGCUCCCCAUCAACCACCAGCCCGGUAACUAACGGCUCUGGUCUGACCAACGGCUCUUCACUGAGUACUCGCAGACCUGCCGCCCGCCGCUUCAACUCCAGCACCGUGGACGGCGACGGACCGCCGGAGGAAGCCGGGCCGCAGAUCGAUAUCACCAAGGCUCGCGAGGAGGUUGUAUCCAGCCCUGACGGCACUCCGUCCUUCAUCUCUGUCGAUGACCGUCUGCGCAGCCAGAUCAAGUCUCCGCAGAUGGCACCCAAGCCACUGCUGCAUGUGGGCCGCGACUUCGGCGGCACCUACAGCGGGCACAACUCCCGCGCCGGCAGCGACGCCGACUCGAGCGAGGAUGAGCGCACGCGCAGCCGUCUGGCGCGGCUCAAGAUCCCCAACGGGUCAGGAGCCAACGGCGCCAGCAACGGGACCACGAACGGCGCAUCCGGCAAGCGCGAGUACAGCGGCAUGGGCCGCGGCACAAUGGCGAACCGGCUGGGUGACGCGCCGCACGGCAGCGACUGCGAGCACAGCCAUGACGAGCACAGCCACGACGAGCACGAACACACCUGCGAGCAUCACCACCAUCACGACCACGACCACGACCACGACCACGACACCGCAGACGACGCCGAUCUGGAAGACCUGGACAGGGCCGAGAGAGAGGACAAGAGCAUCGCAGGCAGCGUAUACUAG